GAGCUUUGCAACAAUAUAUUUAUCGGUGCUGCAACGUUGUGCAACUGUUUAAUAAAUCAUACUGGUGGAUCGAUAUUUGUGUCUCGAAAUAGUCGUUGUAAAACCUACAUCAUGGGAGUUCCGAAAUUUUACCGAUGGAUAAGCGAAAGAUAUCCCUGUCUAAGCGAAGUUGUACGAGAGAACCAGAUUCCUGAGUUUGAUAAUCUUUAUCUUGAUAUGAAUGGUGUGAUUCAUGUGUGCUCGCAUCCCAACGACGAUGAUCCACAUUUUAGAAUAUCAGAAGAAAAAAUAUUUAAAGAUAUAUUUCAUUAUAUUGAGGUACUGUUCCGAAUUAUCAAACCUCGUAAAGUGUUUUUUAUGGCUGUGGAUGGGGUUGCUCCGAGAGCCAAGAUGAAUCAACAGAGAGGGAGACGUUUCAGAUCUGCACGUGCAGCGGAAGAACAAGAAAAGAAAGCCUUGUCGAAAGGAGAAACGCUUCCUACAGAAAAAAGAUUUGAUUCUAAUUGCAUCACGCCUGGUACUGAGUUCAUGGUAAAGCUGAAUGAACAACUCAAAUAUUUCGUUAAUAAAAAGAUUACUGAAGAUGAAAUGUGGCGUGGUUUAAGGAUAUAUUUAUCGGGUCAUGAGACACCUGGGGAAGGUGAACAUAAAGUGAUGGAGUUCAUUAGAGCUGAAAAAGCAGAUCCUAAGUAUGAUCCAAACACAAGGCAUUGUCUGUAUGGUCUAGAUGCUGAUUUGAUGAUGCUCGGGCUGACAUCGCAUGAACCUCAUUUUUCACUACUGAGAGAAGAAGUACGGUUUGGAAAGAAAUCCCAACAGAAGAGAACACCAACUCCAGAAGAAACAACUUUUCAUUUACUUCAUUUAUCAUUAUUUCGAGAGUACUUAGAGUUUGAAUUUCAAGAUGUUAAAGGUAAAAUAUCAUUUGACUAUGAUUUGGAGAGGAUUAUUGACGAUUGGGUACUAAUGGGAUUCCUUGUUGGUAAUGAUUUCAUACCUCAUCUGCCUGAUUUGCAUAUUAACCAUGAUGCACUGCCUCUACUAUACAAGACAUAUAUAGAAGUGCUACCAUUAGUGGAUGGUUAUUUGAAUGAAGAUGGAAUUCUUAACUUGAAAAGAUUUGAAGUCUAUUUAAAGAAAUUGUCUGAAUUUGACAGAAAUAAAUUUAGCGAGACGUCUGUUGAUCUGAAAUAUUUCGAAGGUAAGAAAGGAAGCACUGAAGGCAGUGCUUGGAAAGGACAACGCAUAAAAAAAAGGGAAGAGAAGAAAGAGGCUCUACGUGCUGCAAAAAAUUUAGCACAAGCUUCCAUGUUCCAAGUAUUAUCAACGACUGAAGAGAGUGAAGAUUCAUCAGAUAAUGGAAAUAAAAAUUCAGUUGAAACAUUGUUUGAUGAGGAGACAAAGCUUGAUGCUGAUGUUGAUGAAGCGGAAAUUUUUGAAAUGGAAUUCCGUCAACACAAGAGAAAUUAUUAUCAAACCAAACUCGGAUAUGAGAAUGUGACAGAGGAAGUGUUAAAAGAUCAAGCGUUGUGUUAUGUCACUGGUAUCCAGUGGAUUCUUCACUAUUAUUACAACGGUGUUCAGUCAUGGGGCUGGUAUUAUCCUCAUCACUACGCCCCGUUCAUGUCCGAUGUAUGCGGUUUUAGUGAUUGUGAAUUAAAAUACGACAUCGGUAGACCUUUCAAACCAUUUGAACAAUUACUAGCAGUACUGCCGGCAGCCAGUGGAGAACUUCUACCCAAACCAUUCCAGUCUUUAAUGAUCAUGGACAAUUCACCCAUUAUAGAAUACUAUCCAGUAGACUUUGAUACAGACCUCAAUGGUAAACAACAGGACUGGGAAGCUGUAGUCUUAAUACCAUUUAUAGAUGAGAAAUGCUUACUAGAUGCCAUGGCACCAUUGAACAAUAUUCUGACGGACGAAGAAAAACGACGUAAUUCGCACGGGCCUCAUUUAUUGUAUACUUACGAUAAGGAGUUGUCUUUUUGUUAUCCGUCCUCGUUACCAGGUGUAUUUACUGAUAUAAACUGUAGUCACGCAAAGUGUGAGGAAGUACCGCUAGAUGCAUUCCGUAUUGAUAUUAGUAAAAUGAGGAAAGGUUUGUUAGUUGGUACAAAGCAAGGAGUCUUUUAUCCAGGAUUUCCCACAAUGAGGCAUGUACCACAUAAAGCCCAGUUGAAAAAAGAAGGUGUGAAAGUUUUUCAAAUGAAUAGUCGUGGUGACAAUAUGAUGUUGUAUAUCAUGAAUGACUCUGAGCCGGAAAUUGAAAAAGUUGCAAAUGAAUUGCUCGGAAAAACCAUAUUUGCUGGGUGGCCACAUUUGCAGGAAGUACGGGUUGUUUCAGUAACAGAUGAUCAGUUCAGGUAUGAACUGAAGGAAAGUAAAAGUAAGAAUCCUGCUCAUAAUGGUACAAGUGAGAUAAUAUGCUAUGAACAAUCAGACAGAGAGGCUGCUAGAUGGGUAAAAGAAGUACAGUCUAUUACGGAACAUUAUCGUGGUAGAAAAGGCGUAGAGAUUGGUCAGACGUUUGUAAUAGUGUAUGCUACACCAAUGGCUGGUAGGAGGUAUGUGUGUGGUGCAGGUGGCCUUAUCACAUUAGAAAAACAGUGGGAAUCGACUCCCACUACUUUUGCACUUCAAACAACAGUCAAGGAUAUAGCAGCUUAUGAUCCGUCCUUCAAACAGUUUAGUAACUUAGAAGAUUUAUUUCCACCCGAGUCAGAGUGUUUUAUGCUUGGCACUCCACACUAUGGAUGUAUGGGAGAGGUUAUAGAGGUGGAUAGGAAAGGUGAGCCACGGAUUAGGGUUGUUUUUAGUACGCCAUCAGAGCCAAGAUUAGACCACAUUAUGAAGCAGCAGUGGAAAUAUGAAGUUAAAUACGUCCCAGGUUAUAUCCUAGCACAGCGACUGGGAAUAUCAAGUCAUCUAGUCUCAAGAAUUACAGGCUCAUUCUUGGUUUUGAAAGGAUCAAGUAGAAGUGGGAAUCCGAAUCCUAGCAAAGUAAACAUAGGCUUGAAUUUGAAGUUCAACAAGAGGAAUAAAGAAGUAGCAGGUUUUACUCGGAAAGAUGAAGACGGCAAUUGGACGUAUUCCAUCAAAACACAACAUAUUAUUGCAGACUAUAUUGAAAAGUUCCCAGAUUUAUUUGACCAUGUGUCUCAGAAUGCCCAAAAUGACAUGUUCUAUGAAGACGAUGUGUUCGGUGAAGAUAGUGACCGGGCAUCACAGAUUUCUGAUUGGCUGAAGACGUUGUCAUGUCACGGAGUUGAACAAACAGAGGUUGGAUUGAAAUCUUUGGAUGAAAAUGUUGUUAAAGCUAUUCAGGAAGAGAUGGAAAAAAACAAGCAAAAUAAGACAAAGAGAAAACUUAAGAUGAGUGUCAAACCGUAUUUGCUGUUCCGGCCUGUAGAUCAGCAGGGACAUCUCAUACCAGACCCGGAUGCCGACUAUGAAUUAUUCGAUAGAGUCAUUAACGUACGUGAUGGUUUCACUGUUCCUCUGGGUUUACGUGGUGUUGUAACUGGGAUAAUCUCAGCUGUUAGACCUGCUGAUAUUCUCUAUGAAGUAAUAUUUGAUGAUGAGUUUCUGGACGCAUUGGUUAUACGUGGUAGCGGUGCCCGUGGCUAUCACAUGCCACCCUCCUCGUUGAUCAACAUCUCGUAUGGCAUGCGCAAAGAGCAUAGUCAGGAAUGUGGCAUGCAGAAACCCAUGGCCGUAGUAAAACCGCAGACGGCGCCUGAAAAAAUGCAGAGUAUGGGGUGGUAUUCUGACAUGGUCAAGUCAGCCGGUUCAUCAUCGCCAGACAACAGGAGAGGAUUUUACAGUCCAAGAAUAAAUCAUUCACCAAAUUCACCAUUUGUACCCAGUCAGAUUUACAGGAGAAGCGGUCAAGGAUCUGGUAAUGUCAGUUUUGGUCAGGUCAACACUGAUAGAAGAGGUCAACAAAGCGCUCCCCAGCAUAGUCAAAAUCGGCAGUACAACAACCCACCUAACUCCAGCAAGAAAAUACUAAAACGACAGGCUCCCCAGCAGACAUCUCAAUGGAAUUCUCCUCAGGGUCAAAAUUUAUCGCCAAGGCAACAAGAUUUGCCCCCGAGACUACAGAAACAAAACCAACAGAGAUCACAGCAUUUGCAGCAGCAAGACAUCCCACCUAGAUUUCAAAGACAGCAACAAACCCCUUGUGACAAAAAUACUGAAAAGGAUGAGAUAACAAAGCCUGCAGCUGAAGAUGAUGUUAACGAAUUUGCAAAUAUAUGGAAAUCACUGCAAGACCCCAUAUCAACUCCAUCCCAGGAAUCAAUGCCAUUGCCCAUAGCAACAGAGACAAGUGCACCAUCAUCAGAGAAACUACCAAUACAAGCAUCUUCAUCACCAAUAUCAACAUCUCUUGCACAAGCUGCUGCAGCUCUUCCAAUCAAGUCAGCACAAGAAGAAAGAGAAAGAUUGCAAAAAAAUCAAGAGUUAGUUGCCGGGCAACAGAAAGAAAUUGUUCUUCAGCAUCGUACUCCGCACAAGAAGAUUCAGCUUAAGACAAGAUCAGUGCAUGCUCUUAGGAGAGAAGAAGAAAUGAAAGAACAGUCUGUGGAUGAGCUGGCUCCUAUUUUGACAUCGUUACAUCUAGAAACAGAUGCUGGGCCUCCAUCUUCCACAGUGACGAUAACAAACAGCCAGUUCGAACAGGAGAAAGCCGAGGUGGUAGAAGAUAUAAGAAAAUCUCCAGGCACUAUUGCGAAGGAAAGCACUGAAGCAAUUUGUAAACUGUUAAAUAUUGGUAGUGCCCCCUUGCAAGAAGAAGAGAAGCCUGUCAGUCCAUAUGGCCAACCAGUUGAAAUCUCCACACUCUUUCAAGAAGCACAGAAUUCCAUGCAGACGCCAUCAUCUGUUACUAAGACAACACAGCCAGUGAUAGUCUCUUCUCAACCUACAGCUAUUUAUACGAUGCAUCAUGCAGCGGGUGUGUCAUCUACGACAACGUCAGUAACUACGCAACCAGGAUUUUUGACAUCUGAACCACAGCUAGUGUCAUCACAGCCUGGAACACUGGUUUCUCAACCAACGUUUGUGCAAAUGUCAUCACAUGCCAUGUCUGUGUCGUCACAGCCGAGACAAGUGACAUCACAACCGGUAGCAUUAACUUCCCAACCAAUGAUAUUGACGAAUCAGCCAAUGCCAAAUCCAUUAAUGCAAGCACGAUCUGUGUCGUCUCGCCCAAUGGUAUUACCAUCCCAACCAAUGUCAAUGCCCCAGCCAAGACCUGUAACAAUGCAGACAGCAGUCUCAUCUAUGCAGCCCAUGUCACUAUCAGCCCAUCCAGUCCCAAUGUCAAUAUCACAACCAAUGCAUGUACCAUCUCAGCCAGUGUCUAUGAUUUCGCAACCAAUGCCAAUGUCACAGACUAGACAUAUGCCAUCUCAGCCAGUUACACUCUCAUCUCAGCUGGUGUCACCACAUUCAUUACCACAGCCUAUCCCGCUGUCUUCUCAAUCUGUAUCCUCUCAACAUAUACAAGGUGCCAUGGUUCAACCACAGAGUCCUGGUAUCCAUGCUACUACUGUUAUACCUCAGCCACAACAGAAUUCAGUCAUGGAGUUGUUCCAUUGGUGCAAGAAGCAGAAGUAUCCACCACCAACAUACACUUUUCAUAAUACUCCUCAAGGUCUAUGGGUGUGCACAGUGAGAUUAGUUAGUGGAGUAACGUACAAUGGUAUACCAUGUAACAGCAAAGAUCAUUCCUGUGCAAGUGCUGCCUCUGUGGCACUCACUAAUGUAGUGAUGAAUCAGCCACAGAGAUAUUCACAAUCACCAAGAGGUCAACAUUCACAGUAUAUCCAAUCACCACGACAACCUCAGCCUCAGCAGCAUGCAGUGUCCCCACAUAUGGUACCAGUACGAUCCCCACAUGGUGUUGCCAUUCGUGGUGGGCCAUAUAUGCAGUAUCAACAGCCAACCAGCAGAAUGCAGAUGAGUGCAAGAAUGCAAGGAUCGCCGUAUCUCCCACAGCAACAACCAUCACCACAGUACUAUCAUCACAAUCAGCCAAGACCAGGGUCCUAUUCUCAUCAAUAUCAACAAAUAUCACUACAUCAGCCUGUGAUGUCAAUGGAUUAUGGACAACAACCACCAUUGGGUACUGUACCACAGUCUUAUAUCAAUAGUAAUCCAUUUAUUCCUCCACAGGUAGCUAGGAUGCAAGUAACUCCUGUUAAAAGUAAAUCCAUGGAUGAGACUAGAGAUGCCGUAGAUGACACAAACCAAAGUAGCAACACACUCUCACAAGUUGCUAUGGAAACUGUACAGAAAAUCGAAGACCCAGAACUCAUAGACCAAAGCACCACUCAAAAAAGUAAUCCUACUCCACGAAAGGGAAGAAAAGGUGGAAAACGUCAGGCAAAUUUAGCCAUUAAUUUUAGCGGUUUAUCAUAGAUUAAAUCAGUGAUAUUUUUAAAAUAAGUUUUAACUGUUUUUUAAAGUUUACGAAAACAGUCGUUUCACUUGUAAUUUUAGUUGCUGGAUUGUUGCUUUCAAAGUUGAAAUGUACACAUCAACUGUUCUCUGUAUCCAGCUUCCUGUGUAAAAGUACUUUUGUGACAUAGUAGACUGUCUGUCUUUUAAAUUCUGCCCUCUAUAAACAAUUUAAAAAUUCCUUUGUUUUUAGAUAGUUGUUGAAUAAUUUAUCUAGUGCCUCUAAUAGGACAAAUCAAUCAUGAUAAUGACAGUAACAUUUAUAUUUUUUGCCAAAAAUAUAAAUAGAUUUAAAAUGUUUGAUUUGGAGUGUUGUAUUUCAUUCAGUGAGCUUGGUGGAAGCUUUUAAGAUCUAAUACUGAUUCUUUGGACUUAAUUUGGUUAUUAGUAUCUGAAACAUGUCAACUCACCGGGAGAAGCAUGUCUUCCAGUGUAGCUGAAACCUACAUCUUAUGCAAAAAGAACAUGUCAUUUAUGUGUGAAGCGUAUACAUCAGUUAAUGCAGGGAGUACAUUAUAUGUAUUAUUGUCGUAUUGUGCACUAGUCUAGCAGGUAUAGUUGGUGGUGACAUUUUUGUGGUUGUCUUUUCUCAAAUACUUGAAUGUCUAUAGCGUUUGUUUCAAAGUACUACACUAUGUGGUUAUUUUUUAAUGAAGACAAUCAAUUCUGAUAAACUAAUGAGUAAACAACAACAGUAACAUACUGUUGUAAUCAUUUCUUUGUUCAGGCAAUGAACUUCUUUAGAAUACAAAACAAAACAAAACAAAUCAUUGAACGAUCCAUUUCAUAUGCCGUACUGUACGUGUUCCAUAACUACAUCUGUUCUAGUAUGAUAGCAUAAUCGUAACAAACCAGCUUCGGUUCAACUGUGGUCGAAUGAAGUGCACAAAUAAAGUAACGAAGAUAAUAAUAUAAUAUAGAAUUGUCAAAUCAAAGAAUAAUUUUGAACAUAAACAAUCAUGAAACACUAACAUAUGCACAUGUAUUACUAAAUAGUAAAUAUGGUAAAGUAAAUAUACACAACUUUGAUUAUACCUUACUAUAUGCAUCAAUUUGAUGUAAAUUAUCCCUUCUGUGCCAACAUUUUUCCCAUGAUUCAAUAGUGAAACAGUAGUAGUAUUGUCACUUUCAACUUACAUAGUACAUUUACCAUCUAUUUUACAUUGUUGCU